GGGCCGUGAGGAGGAAGCGGAGCCGCUGCCGGGCCCGGCGGGAUCGGCACCGGCACCGCCCGCCCGGGGCCGCUCCGGGCCGUCCGCGCCGCGCUCAGCGCGCUCGCAGGCGCCGGGAUCCGUGUCGGGACCGGGAGCGGUGUCGGAAGCCACUGCCGGUGAAGCCGGGACGGGUGUCAGGGUCCGGCAGCCGGUGCCGGUUAUCCCGGAGCGGGUGUCGGGGACGCGGGGAGGGCGCCGCGCGUCGGGAACCGGUACCGGUUAUCCCGGGACGGGUGUCGGGGGUCCCGGAGCCGGUACCGGGACCCGGGGCGGGUGUCAGUGCCUCGGUACCGGGGGGUGCGGGUGUUCCUGAGCCGGUACCGGUGAUCCAUAGCCGGUACCGGUGACCCAGACCGGGUGUCCCUAAGGCCAGUGCCGGUCCCGGUGCCAGUCCUGGUUCCAGUCCCGGUCCCGGUUCCAUUCCCAGUCCUGGUCCUGGUUCCAAUCCCGGUGCCAGUUCUGGUUCCAUUCCUGGUCCCGGUGACCCAGAGCCGGUGUCGUUAACACCAGUCCCAGUUCCAUUCCUGGUCCCGGUUCUGGUUCAAGCUCUGGUUCCAUUCCCAGUUCCGAUUCCGGUUCCGUUCCCAAUUCCGGUCCCGGUUCCAUUCCCAGUCCCGGUUCCGUUCCCGGUCCCAGUUCCGUUCCCGGUCCCGUCCCCGUCGCCGCUCCCUCCCGCGAUGUACUCGGCGGGCGCGGCGGGCGCGGUGCCGGCGCGGCGGCGGCGCGGGGCGGCGCUGCCGAAGCAGCCGGAGCGCAGCCUGGCGUCGGCGCUGCCGGGGGCGCUGGCCAUCACGGCGCUCUGCACGGCGCUGGCCGAGCCCGCCUGGCUGCGCAUCCACGGCGGCACCUGCGCGCGCCAGGAGCUGGGCGUGGCCGACGUGCUGGGCUUCGUGCAGCCCGAGCUGCUGCGAGAUUUCUGCAUGAACCCGCAGACGGUGCUGCUGCUGCGGGUCAUUGCUGCUUUCUGCUUCCUGGGCAUCCUGUGCAGCCUCGGCGCUUUCCUGCUCGACGUCUUCGGGCCCAAGCACCCAGCGCUGAAAAUCACCCGGCGCUACGCCUUCGCCCACAUCCUCACAGUGCUGCAGUGCGCCACGGUGAUCGGGUUCUGCUACUGGGCCUCGGAGCUGCUGCUGGCACAGCAGCAGCAGCACAAGAAGUACCACGGCUCCCAGGUGUUCGUCACCUUCGCCGUCAGCUUCUACCUGGUGGCCGGCGCCGGCGGCGCCUCCAUCCUGGCCACGGCGGCCAACCUGCUGCGGCACUACCCCAGCGAGGAGGAGGAGCAGGCCCUGGAGCUGCUCUCCGAGAUGGAGGAGGCCGAGCCCUACGGCCCUGACUACGAGGUGGUCAACCAGUUCCAGCCGCCGCCCGCCUACACGCCCUGA